GUCAGCCUUCGGAUCGUAUCCACCUCUCCCUCCCUCCCUCUCUGUCUCUCGCGCUCUCUAGGAAUCUUUCCAUUUCGUUCACUUCGUACAAUUCAGCACGAACGCCUGCACGAAAAAUAGAACGAGAGAGAGAGAGAGAGAGAGGACCCAGAUGAAAUCUUCGUUCACUGAUCUGUUGAACGGCGGUCUAGGCAUGGACAGUAGCAGCUGGGGGUUUCCCUCGACGACCACGAUGACCACGGGGUCGAUGGAAGUCCCCAGGUUCAGGUCGAACCCGCCUCCUUCCCUGCCCCUCUCGCCUCCUCCGGUCUCGCCUUCCACCUACUUCGCCAUCCCUCCCGGCUUGAGCCCCACCGACCUCCUGGACUCGCCUCUGCUCUUCUCGACUUCCAAUGUUGAGUCUCCGACCGUGGGAGCUUUCGCUGGGGAAGCAGCCAGCUGGAGGUGCGGCGGCUAUGGCGGUGCCGUCAAGGGGGAAGAGAAGGGCUUUCCCGAAUUCUCUUUCCAACCCCAUCAAUCACGCACCGCCGCCGCCACGUCGUCAUCCUCCAUGUCUCAGUCUUCUUCCGCCUUGGUUUCAGCGGAGGUGUCGUCGAAGACUCAAGAAUCGUGGAAUUACUAUAAACCCAUGAUGCUAUCGGAUGUGUCGCUAGAGAAGAGAGGACGCGAAACAUCGGAGUUUGCGCUGAUUCAGAACUCGGCGAUCCCCGCUAGCCAAACAAGCACACAGAGCCUAACACCGCCUUCUGAAACACUCCAGGCCAAUGCGAAUACUAAUCCUCAACCAUCCUACUUUAUGAGAGAACAGAAGAAAUCUGAUGAUGGGUACAAUUGGAGGAAGUACGGUCAGAAGCAAGUGAAAGGGAGCGAGAACCCGCGCAGCUACUACAAGUGCACGUUCCCAAGCUGUCCGACGAAGAAGAAGGUCGAGAGAUCUUUGGAUGGACACAUUACCGAGAUUGUCUACAAGGGAACUCACAACCACCCCAAGCCACUGUCCACCAGGAGAUCGUCUUCCCAAUCGAUUCAGCCUCCACCCUCUUCCACCGCAUAUUUAGAGCCUCACGAUCAAUUGGCUUUGGGCGGGUGCUCCGAAAACGGGCAGCAGGACUCUUCGGCCUCGAUGGGCGAUGAGGAUUUCGAAGAGAACUCUCAGAUGAGCAACUCUGCAGGCGAUGACGAUGGAAGCGAACCUGAAGCGAAGCGAUUGAAAGGAGAGAAUGAAUAUGAGAGCUAUUCAGCUUCUGGCAAUAGGACUGUGAGAGAGCCUAGAGUCGUGGUUCAGACAAUGAGUGAGAUUGAUAUUCUUGAUGAUGGAUAUAGAUGGAGAAAGUAUGGACAGAAAGUGGUGAAGGGAAACCACAAUCCAAGGAGCUACUAUAAAUGUACAUACCCUGGAUGCCCCGUGCGGAAGCACGUCGAGCGAGCGCCUCAUGAUGUGCGGGCUGUCAUCACGACUUACGAAGGCAAGCACAACCAUGACGUCCCCGCAGCACGUGGCAGCAGCACUCAAUACGUGAACCGGCCUCUUCCUUCUAAUAACAACAGCAGCAUCGCGCCAACGCCUAUCAGGCCCUCUACCGUGGCGGGCCACUCUAACAACUCUACCUAUCUAAGUUCCAUAGAGAGUACGAGGUUGCAGAGAUCAGGGGACCAAGCGCCCUUCACUCUGCAAAUGUUGCAAAGUUCAGACAGUCACGGAGCCCCGGGAUCAGGGAAGUACGGGGGAUCGUACAUGCAUCAAAGCCUAUAUUGGGACGAAAUAUUCCCGAGGACUAAGGAAGAGCCGAGAGAGAGCUCGGAAUUCGACUCAUUUCUAAACUGAAGCUUCCCACUCCGAUAUAGAACAGGACGGUGAAAAGUUACCCCCAACACACACACACACAGAUAUGUAAUGUACAUUGAAACUGUACUUUAUAGGGUAGGCUUUCUGUUCGUGAGGAAAUUUCAUAGUUUCAAUUCGUUCAUUUGUUUGUAGAACUAGAAAGAAUAACACGGCGUCGAGCAAAAUCUAUGUCUGCUCAAAGUUUGAAUUAGCAAAACUCAUUUGUAACGCUUUUCAUUUGGAAAGGGUCAAAGUUUCUCACUUUC